AUGGAUGAAAUUCGACGUCUCCCAUCCGAACUUCAAAAGAAAGCGGUAAACGAACUAAAUGAAGAUCCACAACGGACUCAACAAGCGCUGAAGCAUAUUAAAGAAUGGGUACGGAAACAACCACAUUUGAAUAUCAGAAAUGAUGACCAAAUGCUGAUAUCCUUUUUGAGAGGUAGCAAAUGGCACAUAACUGCCGCAAAGGAGAAGGUCGAUCAUUUCUACAGUACAAAAACCCUAAUGCCAGAAUUGUUCAAGGAUAGAGAUCCCUCAUCUACGACAGUUCAGAAAAUACUAAAAGCUGGGGUUGUCUUUCCGAUGCCCAAAGUGGGAGAUUAUCUCGGUCCAGUAAUGAUUAUAUAUAAUUUGAAAAAUCUUGAUGUGAAUGAGAUAUCUUAUGUAAACACCUUGAAGGUUUUCUUUAUGACCUUAGAGAUAUUAAUGAGGGAAGAUGACGACUUUGUUGUUUCCGGAAUGGAUUUGUUGGCCGACCACGAUGGAUGCCCCCCGAGCUUUUACUUGCAAUUUACGCCAGCGGUCAUGAGCAAAACUACGCGAUGUGUGCAACGCGUUUAUCCCAUUAGAGUGAAGAGUGUUGCGUGUAUUCACACGCUGGGGGUGUAUGAAAUGAUUUAUGAUAAACUCGUAAAGCCAUUCAUGGGGACGAAGCUUCAAGAGCGGUUUCACAUUGUGAGCAAGGCACAAACGAAACAGUUUUUGAGUAAGUUACCUCAAAAUGUACUACCAAAGGAGUACGGGGGAACGAAUGUGUCAAUACAAGAUGCAGCGGAUCGUUGGAAGAAGAAAGUGGAAAGCUACAGGGCAUGGUUUCUCGAGGACACAAAGUACCUUACAAAUGACGAGCUUAGAGUCGGUGCAUCAUCGGUGCUAGAAUGUGACAUUGGGGUGGGGGUUGAUGGAACCUUUCAGAAUCUCAGUAUUGAUUGAUGUCCUUUGAUUAUAACUUAAUACUGAAUACUUUCCAA